AUGUCGGGCGACACAUCGUCCGACUCGCCCGAUGAGCUGUCUGCAUACAGCGAUCGGCAGUUGUGGAAAAGACUGCCGCGCAAAUUCCGGGCUGAGCUGGGCGAAGCUGGUGGCACCCAGCCUAGAGAUGAGGUCCUUGCAUUUUUGACUGACACUCGCAGCGAACUAGGCCAGCUCAUGGAGAGAUUUUCUGGACCCGUGGAUUCUGCGGCGCAUCGCGCUCUGCCUGUUCAGGGGCUGCAAGACACGGUUUCCUGGCUGCGAAAACAAUCUGGUGCAAAGCGCAGGUGUGACUUGCGGGUUUCACAUCGUGCCACCACUCGAUCAGAUCAAUCCCGUGCGGCGCGGGAAGCGGCUGAGCUCCUGCGUUGGCGCUCGGAGUUAGCAGACUUGAUUGCUGAGGCGAAGCUUCCCUUGGCUAUGCAAGCUUGUAACUGUCGUGAACCUGACAAAAUCAUCAGCUCGGCUCCAGGUGGUAUGCGUGCUAGUACCAUCAAAGCCAGAGUAAGGGAAUGGCGCAAAUUGCGCGCUUACUCGCUAGGAGUGGCUGGGAUUGCAUGGCCUCCAAAUUUGGGCAUCGUCCCGGACUAUCUUCAAGAAAGGGUCGCUGAGCCUUGUGCGCGAACUGUGCCUCAUUCAAUUUUAGCUGCCUUUAGCUUUAUGGAGAAAGCUGGUGGCGUGGCAGUUCGUGACCGUGUUUCCGGAGAGCAAGUUCUCAGAAAUUUUGUUGAUCAGAGCACCAUGGAUCUAGAGGGGGGUGCCCCCCCCGAAGCGGGUGCCUUGGAGCUGUUGGUUGCUCGGGGGCUAGCAUUUUUCAAACUUUUAAAGCUAUGGACGGCUGCUCGCUCACAUGACCUGUCGGGUCUGAAUCCUGUUUCCUUGCGGUGGACUCCGCAUGGAUUAGUGGGUUGCUUGGAGCGCACAAAAACCACUGGUCCAGGCAAACGCGUGCGGCAUCUGCCCGUGUUUGUGAGCAAAUCAGCAUUUGUCAUGGCGCCAUCUUGGCUUUCCAUUGGUCUAGAUGUCUGGAGACAUGCUGAUAUGAAUUUCGACCGCGACUAUUUCCUGCCUCUCCCUCCCUCUGAUUGGGAAGUGGAAGAAGCCUUCAAAUUUUGGACUGAGCACAGUGAACGGAAUUGGCUGGUUUCUCUACUAGCAGUCUUAGGCGUGCCCCCGAAUGAACGCAAUUUCAUCGGGAGGUGGAACAUCACCACAUCUGCAGACGAAUAUCUUCGGACUUCUCAGCAGGUCUUGGUCACCCUGCAAGAAAAAGUUGUAGCAAGUUUAGGCGGGGAAGACCGUUGGGGCCUUCGGGAGUCUGGCAUUGACGAGCUGAUUCAAAGCAUUGUUGAGAAGGGCGGCAGUGUGGAGCUUGCGGCCCAACAACGCAAAGUUCUAUGGCUGGACCCCAAAUUUGCCGGUGGUUUGGGAUUAGAGCCUACUUUCCCUGAUCCUGCAGAAGCAGCUGUAGCUCCGCCUGAGGAAUGUCAAGACACAGACGAAUGCUGCAGCCCAAGCCCUUUCUUUGUCACUAUUGUGGGCAGCCAGCGCUUGCGGCGCCUCCACCGACGUAAUGGGUGCGGGGUUUCCAUGGUUGAUGUGCAGUGCUCCGAAGAUGUGUGGACAUUGCGCGGCCUCCUAUAUGAUCUCGCGUGCAAACAUUGCUGGCGGGCUGGCGAGAACAUCACUGUGUCUGAAGCUGAGGAAGGAGAUGACUCCGAGCAGCUUCAAAUGAUUGAUCGACACAUGUUUAUGGGCCCCAAGGGCUUCGACGCGUUGAUCAGUUUUGCGGGCUUGGAUGAGACCUCAGCUGGGGUUCGUGCUGCUUUGAAGCAAUUCGGUUUGGAUGUGGAGACAAGCUUGGCCAUUCGCAAAGAGGUGGCUUUGCUGGUCGGGGUUUGGGAAAGCGCCAAAACACAGCGCGCUAUGCAAGUGAAGCAAAAGCUUGAUGCCAAUGCAAGUGGGCAGGCGCGCUUGAUCCAGACCACGGAAUACGCCGCCAUGAGGUCCGCAGUGGAAGCUAUGCAAGGCAGCCUUCGUGACAAAGAGGCUCCCAGCAAAAGUUUGGUGGCCUCCAAGCUGGAGCAAUUGGCGCACCAGUUGCGGAGGAUUUGCGGGAAGCCACCUCCUUUGAAGAUUCUGCAGUGGAAGCUUGCAGAGCUACGACUCCGCCAUCGGCGUUUGGGUCUUGCUUGGGCAUUUGUGAAGUCUCGGCAUGCUAAUCGGGCUUGGAUCAAUGCUUCUAUUGUGGAUGACUUCCGCAAAUUGUCCGAUCAUGUCUUGGGCUCUACAGUGGCUGGGCUUCGCACUUCCGUAGGUGUUGGGCCCAGUUGGUCUUUGGUGCUCACUUAUGAACUGGAGCUUAGAAAGUCUGCCUAUCGGUAUGUGCGUGACAAUGUCUGUGCGGACAUCGGAACAGCCUUGGCCAAGGAUUUGGGCCCUGCCACUCCGUCGCCGGUGGUUGGGAGCAGUCAAGCGCAGAGUGGCGACAAUUUUGGCAGCAUGGAUGAGGAAGCUGCAAGAGAUGAGGCUGAGUAUGAGGAAGGUGGUGCUGGCAUCCAUUUGCAAGGUGUCAGGGGCCAGGGCCCUCCAUUGUUCUGCAAUUUUAAUGGGAAACGCAAGACUUUCACAGAUGGUUUUGGGCUAUGUUCGCCUGGGCGCUGGAGUCCCGAGAUGAGGCAAGACAAUUGCGACAAUCCAAACCUGAAUUUUCAUUAUUUGCUUGGUCGUCGUUUGCUUCGACAUUUGCAACAUUGUUUGGAUGUGCGCAAGAUUGGUUUUCUUCUUGCUUCUGGAAAAGUCACCAGCUGCCCUUUCACCGAUGAUUUACUGCAGAGUGGUCGCGAGAUAAUUUUUGCAGAGUUGCGGAAGGCAAAUUGCAAAGCGCCCAUUGAAGAGCAAGCUGAGGGGCAGCCCUUUUAUCUAUGCGCGCUAGAAGCAAUAUUGGAUUUAGCUGGAGACCCAGAUGCAGCAGCGUACCACAGUGGGACUAACUCCUUUGCAGAAGGAGUGCGGUUAGGAGUUGACUGCACUUUGCCUUGUGUACCAGCUUUGUUUACUGCCAAGCAACACUGGCGCUGUUACGAGCACAUCCAGGAAGAAGCCGGCGUGCGGGAAAAUUACAUCACAGCCAAAGAGCGUCGGGAUGUUGUGCAAAAGCAGUUUGAAAGCGAAGCUGAGCUGGGCGCGAUGGAGGAGACAAAUUCUGCGCAGGCAGAAAAGAACUUGGGAAAAAUUACAAUUGCAUCUCUGGGUGCUCUGGAAAAAUCAGAUGGAAGCUUUCGGGUCAUCCAUGAUGCGACGCAUGGGCUUCCUCAGCAAAGGCAGAGUUUGGAUUGGUCCUUGGAUCAUUCUGACUUGCGGCAGUGCCGCUGGUUUGCCGAAUGCCUAGAUCAUCAAGGCGCCAGCUGGGUGUUCGCGGCGGGAGAGAGCUAUCGAUCAAUUGCAUCAUUGGAGCUGCUGGCAACCCUUGCGGCGGUGUUGCUGUUCGAGCCUGGUGGCGGCGAUGGGGUCGCAGGAUGCUUCUCAGCUGGGACAGACAACAAAGGUAACAGCCACGCGGUGUCAAGGUGCAUGACAACAAAGUUCCCUUUGUGCGUGUUCAAUAUGGAGUUGGCGGUGCAAUUACAAAAGAGAGGAGCAGAACUACAUCUUCACUGGCUGCCUAGACUUCAGAAUGUGGAAGCAGACCAACUCACGAAUGGUGACUUCAGCGGUUUCGCAGAUUCCAAGCGGCUUCGCUUCAAGCUGAAUGAGUUUCGUGGGGAGGUGCUGGCAGAAGCCCUGGAGUUUGGGAUAGAUCUCUAUGAAGAGGUGAAAUCUGCAAAGGCGAGAAAGGACAGAAAUCAUCCGGCCAAGAAAGCAAGGAAGGGGGAGUGUUUGCCAGACACAGACCCCUGGUAA